AUGGUACAAAGAUGAUUAUAUUCAACAAAUGCAAAAGAUAUUGCAGUAUUAUAUUUUAUGUUAGCUAUUUUUAGUGGUAUGGCAGGAACAGCAAUGUCUUUAAUCAUUAGAUUAGAAUUAGCUGCACCUGGUUCACAAUAUUUACAUGGUAAUUCACAAUUAUUUAAUGGUGCGCCUCUCAGUGCGUAUAUUUCGUUGAUGCGUCUAGCAUUAGUAUUAUGAAUCAUCAAUAGAUACUUAAAACAUAUGACUAACUCAGUAGGGGCUAACUUUACGGGGACAAUAGCAUGUCAUAAAACACCUAUGAUUAGUGUAGGUGGAGUUAAGUGUUACAUGGUUAGGUUAACGAACUUCUUACAAGUCUUUAUCAGGAUUACAAUUUCCUCUUAUCAUUUGGAUAUAGUAAAACAAGUUUGAUUAUUUUACGUUGAGGUAAUCAGAUUAUGAUUCAUUGUUUUAGAUAGCACAGGCAGUGUGAAAAAGAUGAAGGACCUAAAUAACACAAAAGGAAAUACGAAAAGUGAGGGAUCAACUGAAAGAGGAAACUCUGGAGUUGACAGAGGUAUAGUAGUACCGAAUACUCAAAUAAAAAUGAGAUUUUUAAAUCAAGUUAGAUACUAUUCAGUAAAUAAUAAUUUAAAAAUAGGGAAGGAUACCAAUAUUGAGUUAUCAAAAGAUACAAGUACUUCGGACUUGUUAGAAUUUGAGAAAUUAGUAAUAGAUAAUAUAAAUGAGGAAAAUAUAAAUAAUAAUUUAUUAAGUAUUAUAAAAAACGUAGAUAUAUUAAUAUUAGCAUAUAAUAGAAUUAAGAGUAAACCUGGUAAUAUAACUCCAGGUACAACAUUAGAAACAUUAGAUGGUAUAAAUAUAAUAUAUUUAAAUAAAUUAUCAAAUGAAUUAGGAACAGGUAAAUUCAAAUUUAAACCCAUGAGAAUAGUUAAUAUUCCUAAACCUAAAGGUGGUAUAAGACCUUUAAGUGUAGGUAAUCCAAGAGAUAAAAUUGUACAAGAAGUUAUAAGAAUAAUUUUAGAUACAAUUUUUGAUAAAAAGAUAUCAACACAUUCACAUGGUUUUAGAAAGAAUAUAAGUUGUCAAACAGCAAUUUGAGAAGUUAGAAAUAUAUUUGGUGGAAGUAAUUGAUUUAUUGAAGUAGACUUAAAAAAAUGUUUUGAUACAAUUUCUCAUGAUUUAAUUAUUAAAGAAUUAAAAAGAUAUAUUUCAGAUAAAGGUUUUAUUGAUUUAGUAUAUAAAUUAUUAAGAGCUGGUUAUAUUGAUGAGAAAGGAACUUAUCAUAAACCUAUAUUAGGUUUACCUCAAGGAUCAUUAAUUAGUCCUAUCUUAUGUAAUAUUGUAAUAACAUUGGUAGAUAAUUGAUUAGAAGAUUAUAUUAAUUUAUAUAAUAAAGGUAAAGUUAAAAAACAACAUCCUACAUAUAAAAAAUUAUCAAGAAUAAUUGCAAAAGCUAAAAUAUUUUCGACAAGAUUAAAAUUACAUAAAGAAAGAGCUAAAGGCCCACUAUUUAUUUAUAAUGAUCCUAAUUUCAAGAGAAUAAAAUACGUUAGAUAUGCAGAUGAUAUUUUAAUUGGGGUAUUAGGUUCAAAAAAUGAUUGUAAAAUAAUCAAAAGAGAUUUAAACAAUUUUUUAAAUUCAUUAGGUUUAACUAUAAAUGAAGAAAAAACUUUAAUUACUUGUGCAACUGAACUACCAGCAAGAUUUUUAGGUUAUAAUAUUUCAAUUACACCUUUAAAAAGAAUACCUACAGUUACUAAACUAAUUAGAGGUAAACUUAUUAGAAGUAGAAAUACAACUAGACCUAUUAUUAAUGCACCAAUUAGAGAUAUUAUCAAUAAAUUAGCUACUAAUGGAUAUUGUAAGCAUAAUAAAAAUGGUAGAAUAGGAGUGCCUACAAGAGUAGGUAGAUGACUAUAUGAAGAACCUAGAACAAUUAUUAAUAAUUAUAAAGCGUUAGGUAGAGGUAUCUUAAAUUAUUAUAAAUUAGCUACUAAUUAUAAAAGAUUAAGAGAAAGAAUCUAUUACGUAUUAUAUUAUUCAUGUGUAUUAACUUUAGCUAGUAAAUAUAGAUUAAAAACAAUAAGUAAAACUAUUAAAAAAUUUGGUUAUAAUUUAAAUAUUAUUGAAAAUGAUAAAUUAAUUGCCAAUUUUCCAAGAAAUACUUUUGAUAAUAUCAAAAAAAUUGAAAAUCAUGGUAUAUUUAUAUAUAUAUCAGAAGCUAAAGUAACUGAUCCUUUUGAAUAUAUCGAUUCAAUUAAAUAUAUAUUACCUACAGCUAAAGCUAAUUUUAAUAAACCUUGUAGUAUUUGUAAUUCAACUAUUGAUGUAGAAAUACAUCAUGUUAAACAAUUACAUAGAGGUAUAUUAAAAGCACUUAAAGAUUAUAUUCUAGGUAGAAUAAUUACCAUAAACAGAAAACAAAUUCCAUUAUGUAAACAAUGUCAUAUUAAAACACAUAAAAAUAAAUUUAAAAAUAUAGGACCUGGUAUAUAA